AAUGAAUAAACACUGGAAAUGAUUUGAAAUUCAGCGACCAAGUUAUAUUUUUCCCUCGUCAGAUUAAACCAACUUAUUACAAAGCGACAUGUUAAUGUAUAUGCCAUAACCAAACGAUAACAGUGUUGUGCUAAUGGCUCUACCUGUGGAAAAAGAAAGCGGGAAGGUUGUUUUGCUUCAUACAAAUGAUCGAUAUGAUGAAACGACCGGUGAUGUUCUGAGUGCUUGCGAAAUAAUAAAAGAUCGUCUCUACUUUGCGACAUUGCAGAUCAAACCGAAAAGUACAGCACAGACUCACUACUUCUCUAUAGACGAAGAACUCAUUUACAACAAUUUCUAUCGAGAUUUUGGACCUCUCAAUUUGGGUCAAUUGUACAGAUAUUGCUGCAGACUGAACAAAAAGCUAAAGAAAGCCCGACGCAGUAGCUCUUGUAAAAGACGCUCAUCUAAGUUCUCAUUUCGCAAAACGUCGGCGUCUCUGAGCAAAAAGAAGAUAGUACACUACACCGGUCAUGAUGCGAGGAAGAGGGCAAAUGCUGCCUUUCUCAUUGGUGCUUAUCAGAUUAUAUAUUUAAAGCGGACAGCAGAAGAAGCAUACCGACCUUUAGUUAGCGGAAAUAAUCCUUCCUUCAUGCCUUUCAGAGAUGCUUCAAUGGCGCCUUCAUCGUACAACUUGACCGUGCUGGACUGUCUCCACAGCAUCAGCAAAGCCUUAGCCAAUAACUUCUUCCAAUUUCAAAACUUCGACGUCGAAGAGUAUGAACAUUAUGAGAAAGUGGACAACGGGGACUUCAACUGGAUCCUACCGGACAAGUUCCUCGCCUUCUCGGGACCCCACAACCAGAGUGUGAUCCUAGACGGAUACCCGCUGCACGCACCAGAAGUCUACUUUCCCUACUUCAGGAAGCACCACGUCUCAACUGUGAUCAGACUCAACAAGAAGUUCUACGACGCCAAGAGGUUCACGGACGCGGGAUUUGAGCACUACGACCUGUUCUUCGUGGACGGCAGUAAUCCUUCCCAGGAGAUCCUCUACAAAUUCCUUGAGAUAUGCGAGCGGGCAGGCGGCGCCAUUGCCGUACACUGCAAAGCCGGCCUCGGGAGGACAGGGACCCUGAUAGGUUGCUUCAUCAUGAAGCACUACAAGUUCACGGCGGCCGAGGUCAUCGCCUGGAUCCGCAUCUGCAGGCCAGGCUCAGUCAUCGGACCCCAGCAGCACUACGUGGAGAGUCAGCAGAGCAAAAUGUGGAUGGAGGGUGACAUGUUCAGAACACGGAACCAAAGGGGAGACUCUUUAUCCUCAUCAGGAGCAGCAGCAGCAACAAUGGGAAUGUCUCAUAGAAAUGGUUAUUCUACUCAGAACAACGAAGCAGUCAAAAUGAAUCAGAAUAAUCCACAUUACAGUGCUAGUAGUCAAACGGCAUUAUAUUCAACACACAUCCAACAACAAACGACCUCGUCCUCUUCGCCAGUAAGUGGUUCGAACCGAUUAUCCUAUAGUUCGGCCCAACAGUCGUCGGCUACUGGGACGGCGGUGACAUCGGCUGCAAAUGCGGCGACCAGUGCUCAACGGUGGGUAGCAGGCAGGUUGAGUGGAGGGGUGUCUUCUGUCGCCAAGUACGGGACAAAGGGGGGAGGCAGUUCUCUAUCUAGUCCAACGUCAACCUACACGUACAGGCGAGCAAGAGAGAAUUCCCGGAGUCCUCGCACGGGUUUGAACUCGCAUGGCACCUCAUCAGGAGUGAGCAGACCGUCCGCAAAUGGAUCCUCGGGCGCUGCUCUGCGGAAGUCGCAGGGAGACCAUUUGUUGCUGAUCAAAGCCAAGCGCCAAAACCACCACCCAGUGGGACUACAGGGUAGAAGUGACUCGGCAGCCUCAUCAGGAGGUUCGACAACCGGGGUUCGGAGAGCUUCCAAGUCACCGAAGGGCAGUGCGAGUAAGAAGUCGGUUGGCUCGUCUGUUUUGAGCAACAAAAACAACUCAAUUGGAUCCUCCAAGGUGUCAAGUGGGAUGCACGGGGUAGCCGCUAAGGCGUCCCGCCUGUCUAUAGGCGGCACCUCCUCCCCCACAUCAUACGGGCACGCUUCUAAUAACAUUUCGGCGGCGACUGCCAACUUGACCUCGGUCAAGAAGCGCUCGUCUGGGGGAGGCGCUGCUGCGCCACCCUUGUCCGGAAAUCUAUCCAAAAAAAUAGCCUUGCUUCGCUCUUCACGUGGCAUUGCAUACAUGUCGUCUUCUGCUGGCGGUGCAAGGGGGAACACUUACUACCACUCCCCCAUGUACCACGUGGCCUCCUCGGCAGAUCCGAGUGGCUCCCCGAGAUCUCUCGUGAUGGCCACGAAGUACCGCGUCUCUUCGUCAAUUGCCUCACGGAACAACGUUCACCACUACCCUUCGUCAGGUUUGACUACUCUCGCAAACAACAGCUCUUACUCUAACCACUCGGGGGCUGGCAGUGGAAACAACGGAACGACUACUGUAUCAUCCACCCGCAAUGGUGCGACCGGGACGACAAUGUCUCCAGGUGUAGGGGGGUUCCAGAGUAGUGCGAAGCCCAGUAAGACUACAGCUGCAUUGAUGGGAGGUGUGACGAACCAUUUGACCUCUUCAGUCUCUAACUACUCGUCAAAUGUGCCUUCGUCUACUGCUAAUUAUCUAUACACAAGUGCUAACGGCAGCAAUGGAGCGAGCAGUGUGAAGCAUUCUGUGAUGGACACCUCACAACCAGUGCCUCCUAACAGCCACUCCUACCCCCACUCAUCAAACUCAGUGGCAGCCGCAUCAACUUUGCCCCCCUCUUCUACAUAUCUGUCAAACAGCAGUCACUCCCCCCAAUCCUCCUACGCUUAUGCUGGACACCAGCCCCCCUCCACUCUGCCCUCUUCACACACGAACAAAUACAACCUCAGAUCUUCGCAGGCCUGGAACUCAUGAGUCGAUUCCAGUUGCGCUCUUCUGAGAAAGAACAGACGAUGGACUUGAUUGCAUCUCAAUCCGAACCCGGCCCAGCUUCAAUAAGUUUUCACAACAAUGGUGGCUCAAAAGAUAGUAACUAAGAACCCAUUGCAACUAAAAAUUGGUUCUUUCAUUCCCUAGCACAAACAUCAAAGUAUAUAAAAUAAAUUGAAACUAAAUAUCACUCUCCCGUCAUUCUUUCAUUGAAAUCACACUCACAAAAUGCCUUUUCAAACCAAGUGCCAUUUCACUCUAAUCUUCGGCUGAAUUUCGUAAAUGCUCUUAAAAAUUGACUCUGUUUCUAAUGUAGUUAUCGUUUUAUCAAGUGUAAAUAUGUUAAAUCUAUUUUUCCGCUGCGUAUUUUCCUGUCUUUCAAAGUGUUGUUUGUUUUGUUUCCUCUAAAUUGACUCGAUAUAAUUGUUCUCUAACUAAUGCAGCCAUUUGUUUUUGCCGAACUAUGUUACUGGAGAAGGGGGUUCAAGUCCAAGGUAAGCGGUUUUACUAUAUAUUCAAGAAUCAAAUUUGAAUAUUGAACUUAUGAACAGUCAAAGCACCAGCCAGUAUUAGAAAGUUAAUCGUAAACAAGCACUAAUUGAGAAUUGAUCUUCCUAUGGGAUGGAAUUUUCAGUCCUAACUGUGGUAACUAGUAAAAAAAAUAUCAACCCCUAUGAAGGAAUAAUCUACGGUUAAGCAUAUACGAGUACAGAAUUCUGUAAAUAAUCUGCCCCCUUUUUUCGCAUAAGUAGACAACAAGUUCGGUGGGGAUAGGGGUGUUUUUAAUAGACUCUGCAAACAGAUUUCUAUUGUUUGGAUUGUGUGCUCAACUGAUAGUUCUUUUAGUUGCUUGAGUGGUUUGAAUGUCUAAAUCUUCUUUAUCAUGUCGUCGUAUGACUUAGUGAGGGGUUGGUUGACUGCGAAAAGACUAAUUUUAAUGGUAUCUGCACAUACCAGCUACAUUAAAUUGGCUUUGAUAAUCACCUUGUGGGUGUAUAUAAACCAGCCGAAGUAUAAGCCAACCGAAAAUGCGCAGUGUAUGAACCAACCG